AUUUGAAUUAGCAUUUCAAAACAUUUUCUUGAUUUGAUGCUGCAAUUAAUCUACCUUAAGAUGUUCAAUAAAAUUGCAAGUAAAUUGAAAAGUUCAGAUGCUCAUCAGUAAUACUUAAUGACUCAUAUUUCCUAUUGACUUUGCUAAUUAGAUGAGUAAAAUUGCCAUAAAGCAAUUAAAUACGUUGCAAUUUUAAAAAUUCUGUUAUCCUUAUUACAUUUUUAAGUGUUGGCUAAUUAAAAUGAGGGCUUUAAAAAGUAUUGAAAAAGUAUUAUGCAAUUCAUCCAAUUUAGACAGCAAAAAUACAGCACAAAUUUUAAUUUUGUAAAAGAUCAGCUAAACCGUGAGAAAGAUUGAACAGGAAGAAUAAGUUCGCCAAGAAGAUCGUAAGUACUCACUAAACUAAUACAAAGCCCUGGCAAAAAGUGCAUAGAACAUUAUUAGCCAAGAAUUUAUCCGUUUGCCAUGCACUGGCAUUAGAAACUGGCUGACUCGUGUGGAAAAAUAGAGUUAACAUUCCAAUUAUAAUUGAGGGAAUUGAAUGUGGCCACGUCACAUUCACCUGGCCGCCGCUGACGUGUCCUUAGUGUACUCAGUUCGUCCAGGUUGACCCAGGUUAUGCCGGCCAGCGCCACAAACGGGGUGGGUUCCGUUUAGCUGGACAGGUGGAUGGGUUGAUAGGCGGCCAGUGGCCAUAUCUGCCCAGUGAAAUCUAUUGGGCAAGCCGGCGGUGUAUGCCCCAUAAUUGCCGCUCGGGAGCUUGUGGGUCUGGCAUUUUUUUAUCGCCCGCGGGCCAUGUAAUUGUCGUAUUAUUAUUAGCAAAUUUCAUUUGCAUUCAUUCACAUUUCGGAUGUGCAACGCAACAUUCGCACGGUUGGGCUAUCCUCCGGCAUUGAAUUGGAUUCGAUUGGAUUGGAUUUCGUCGCGACAUCAAGGAGCCCCAAGCACGAAACUCGAUAUCAGCUCGAAAUCCUGCGGAGGAGGGUCAGCCACAAAUGGGGAUUUAUUUGUUUGUUGAUUAGCUCGGUUCCUGUUUACAAAUGGAUCUAAAUUAUGAUGGGCUGUGGUAUCGGGGAAUUUGAUUCACUUUCAAACACAUGAAAGUGAAAGAGUAAGCGAGCACGGAAAGAAAUUUUCUGGUCUUACGUUUCAUAUUAAGUUUUAUAAAAUUUUUAUACAAUUUAAUAAUCAUUUUUGUACAAUACACAAUAUUUGUAUUUUUUUUUUGGUUUAUUUUAACUGCGCUAAACUUUUUUGUUUAACCAUUCUGCCCACCCCAUGCCUACUAAUGUUACUCCUCCAUUUUCUAUUUACAGUGAACAAGUUUUGUCGAAAGUCAAUUAAAGCCACCAACUCCGCGCCAUCGGAAAGUCCAAAGCAGCCAUCCUAAACCGCAGGCAAACAAUAACUACGCUUUUGUAUACAAUUUUCAAUUAUAUUAAAGGAAAGGGAAAGGUGCUUGCUGGCAGUUCUCAGCACGACAUGGUCGUGUCCGAAUCAGAAUCCGAGUUGCUGUCCGAGUCCGAGCCUCAACCUAUGAGUGAGCGCCAGGCUAUCGACGGAAAUCCAGAAAACCUACUCAGUACUCGUGCUGAUGAAGAGGAAACUGAAAGCGAAGUUAAUAAUCCAGAAGAUACCAACAAAGAAGAAGUCGUUAGUUCGGAUAACGCAGAACCCAAGGAUCUAAAGCAUAAGCACGAAGAUUUUAACAGUCCAGCAAAGGACGAUACAAGCCGACCUCUUGUCCUCGAACAAAGGCACUCGCUAUCCCUUGCUGAAACAAAGAAGCGCAGAGAGAUUGCUUUCUCCAACAAACUACUUUUCAUACCCAAAGAACUCGCGCGCAGCGAACUUCAGCAGCGCACAAGGACACUGACUAAAUACGCCAAGAAUCGGGAGUACCAUCUCCGAAUGCUGAAAUUUCCGGUGGGUUCGGGUCGUCCUCGCUACGUGGCUAAGAAAAUGAAGGAGGCAUGUUAUCCGAGAUCCAAAGAAGCCGACAUUGAUUCCGAAACUAUGGACAUUAAGCAGGAAGAAAGCAUUGAUGAGCCACCCGAAGUGUCCCAAAGUCCUAGGGAGUUACCCCUUAGCAUGCCCGAUCUGGAAACAGAAACUGGGGAGCAGAGUCAACUAUGCGAUAAUGAUGAAAUGAACAUUAUGCUGUACGAUUUUGUGAAGAAGGAAGUCGAGUCUGACUCGGAAUCGGAAAAGAUAAGCCGCAAAAUCCUGCAGAGCCAGCGUGAAAGUGUGAUAAGAACUAGCACCUCCAAACGCCAGCACUAUCCCUACUUUUCCUGGCACAAUCCAGAUUCGAAAGGGGAGCCGGAAACGAUAGUGAAGGAGGAAUUGGACGAGGAGGUGGACGAGGAAAUGGAAGAGGAGCAGGUGGAGGAGGAGGAAGUGCCACAUACCCAGGAAUUAGUGAGUCCUGAACAGGUUGAACCAUCACCAGAAGAGGAGCUUGAGUCACCUGAGCCACCACAGGCCAUCGGCUUCUUUAACUCUUCCACACAGAACCAGUUAAUCCACGAGGCUGCUGAAGUUCCUGUGCAAGACCUGGCUCCCGUAAGAUCGGAAUCCCCUGAAGAUUUCGGACAAACGGCACUGCGUCAGCAGUUAAUUCACCACAUUGUGCAACCGAAUGUGUGCAACGAGGAUGCGUAUCACCCAUCCAUCACUUGCAACAAUAACGCCGCCGAUCGAAUGAAUCAAAAUCUCGGGCCACAUCCGACUAUUGAGGCUUCUGUCGCCCACGAGGCAUCCUUCCAAUGGAAUCCCCAAAACGCGGAUAACUACACCAAUCAAAAUCAGCUAUUCCACAAGCAGCAGCUGCACAUCCAGAAUCAACCUGCAUACCUGCAACAUCAAUUCAAGCUGCCAGCCAGUCAGCAGCAACACGAAGCGAUUUUCCAGCAACAGCAGCAAGCAGGCAAGGAAAAUCUGCAGCAGUUGAGAGUCUUGUAUCAGCGGAUCAAGAACCGUCAGAGGAAUCAACUGCAUCACCUGAGCAAGUCCAUGAAGAAGGUCUUGGAUGAGCGUCUGAUCUGCGAGCGACAGCAUGCGGAGGAGAAGCGAAUGUUCCAGCUCAAAAUGGAGCAGUUCAAGAAAGUGGAGGAGAAGCUCAAGCUGGACAGGGAGCAACUGCAGCGCCAACUUAGAUCCGAUAUGAAAACUCUCGAGCUGAGGAUGGCUGACCAGCAGCGCCAGCUGGAGGAGAAGUCUCUGGCCUGGUCCUGGCACCAGCAGCAGCAACUCCAACAGGGGCAACUGCAACAGCAGCAGCAGCAGCAGCAUUUGCAGCGGCAACAUUUGCUGAUACAACAGCAACCAGGAGCACAACCGCCGCAGCAGCAGCAGCAGCAACAGCACUUUGUGCAUCAAGAUGCCCAUAUGAGCCCGGAGACCUACAUAAUGCAGCAACAGGCCUUCCUGUACGAUCCAUCCUACAUAUACUCAACUGCCUACCAGGAAUCAGUGGCGUAUCAACAGCGCAUCCAAGCCUACCAUGAGCAGCAGAACUACCAAGCACCCGAGUCGCAUACCACGGCAGUUGAGCUGCCGCGAAGAUUUCUCCUUCCGCCACCUCCAUUUUGCCAAUCCAGCAGCAGGACCUGCACCGAGGUUAGUCCCUCUGUCCAGAAAGUUAGGCGUUGUCGCACAAGGAUUUCCGAGCUGGCAUCGGAUCCGUAUUCUCGCCAAAUGAGGACUCCCUUGCCGCCAGCCUCGCUGAUCUUGCCCGGCCACCGGAAUCCGCAAUCCCAACCCCUCGAGCCCAGAAACGACCACUUCGGAAUAACCCCGGUCAUGUCCAACUACGUGGCUAGCUUUAUGAACAUGCAGUCUGAUCGAUAAUUACUUUUAAUAAUAAUUCUGUGUUUAACGAAUAUUACUUGUGAUAUAAGUACCAGCUGCUCUAGAAACUGUGAAAGAAUUCAUUUUAUGUAACACUAAGCUUUUUUUUGUGUAUCAUAAAAUAUUUAUAAAUAGGUUUUAAAUAUUACAAGCUAAUAAACGAAAAAAAAACACCCUUAAAAGUUCCUAUCU